UCGUCCCUCCGCUUCCUCGGCUGGAUCCUCGUAGUUUCAAUGUUCGUCGAAAUGAAGCUGGUUGUGUUGCUGGCGCUGGUUGGCCUGGCGAGCUGCCGCACUCUGCUGUUCGAUGAUGAUGACGACUUCGACGUCCAAUACACCUUCGAAGACAUCGACACCGAUGACCUGCCGUCUGCCUUCGCGCCGCGAGGGAGUCCCUUGGCCUCGUCCUACGCCUCCUCCCUCGCCCUCCCCACCGCCGUCGAGAACCUGGGGGCGCUGAGGGCGAGGCCCUUCCGCCUGCCCUCCGCCUUCGCCUCAGGAGGACCCCUGGCGACCUCCUACUCGGCCUCCUUCGUCCUGCCCUCGAGGGUGGAGGUCGUCGACGGCAAGUUCUCGUUCGACUCCGCGGAGGAGUGAGUCGCGCGGCGUCGGCCCGUCGCCUCUUCCUUCCAUUCUCCCUUUCUUUUUCACUUUUCUUUUCUUUCCUUCUAUUCUUCUUCACUCAUCUCCUCUUUCCUUAACAUUCUCCCUUUCUGUCUCUGAGCUACGUCCUGUGUCGGUCUGAAACAUAGAGCAAAUAGAAAAUAUAUUUUCGAUUCUUUUGAGAAAUAAAGUUCAUAAUAUAUCUAUA